AUUGGCUCCGUCAUUCCGCUGACGGUCCUCACCACCAUCUUUGGGUUCGCCCGCAUCUUUGUGAAGACGGUGGUAGUGCACCGCUUCCAGAUUGAUGAUGGCCUUAUUGUCACGUCGGUGUUGGCGACUUGGGUCGCAACGGCAGCAUCUAUCGCAGCCGUAUACAAGGGCUACGGACGGCUCGCCUCUGUCAUCAACGAAGAAGACAAGAUGACGGUCCUGCGACUAUCCGACGCCAUCUUCGCAUGUGGAAUCCUAUCCUUCGCACUUCCCAAACUCGCCAUUGUGUUCAUGAUGACGCGCCUCAUCAGCCCACCGAAAUGGCACCGCAUAGUCCUCUGGUCACUGGCGACAUUCUGCCUUGCGGGACUCAUGGGCAACGUACUCGCCUUGGUGUCGGGUUGCAAGAUUGAGGAGAAGUCUAAUGGACCCAACAUGGUGACGAAUAUAUGCGUCGUGUCUUCGAAAGCCGUGUACUAUGCCACCUCCACGAGCGCCAUAUCGGGCCUUACGAACUUAUGCUUAGCCACUUAUGCUAUGCUAGCUAUGCGGAAGAUGAGGCUCAAUGGAAAUAAGAGAGUCGCGUUGACUGUCGCUGUGGGACUGGGAUUUGUUGGAACCUUUAUGGCUAUAUACAAAUGUACUCGGCUGAAGAUUCUGAGUAAUCCUGACUUCAGUUAUGACGCUGCUGAACUUGUCAUAUGGACAUACAUCGAAGGCUCUGCCACCAUCAUCGCCGCGUCCAUACCUGCCCUACAACCCCUCCUGGAUUUA